AUGGCAUACACACAGCUACCCAAGCUCAUUCGAAAGUCGAAACCCCUCCCAAAUUCAAAACUGAUCUUGAAAAUGGUGAAACGGGUUGCUCAUAGAACAUGGAACCCUCCUUUUAAAUUCACUGUAGAAGAGCCCCCACCUUCUCCUCCGCAUUAUUGCGACCCCAAAGUUGAUCGUGAAGAGGUAUUACAGAACAAUGAGCUUUCACUGGAAAAAAAGUUUUGCCUUCUAGUUGGAAUUCCGUGGUCUAAGGUUCGUGCUGCUCAAAAGUAUAGAUUUUGCCAUGAGAAUGUGCUAAACUGGGAUGAUUCUGGUGCCAAAGAUGCUCUUUUUGUUGCGCAUGAGCGAUUCUGUUCCAUGAUUAAUAGCUUGCCUUGCGAGCAUCCUUUACCUGAUCCGGACAUGUAUAUUGAUAACAUAGAUUGGAACCCGGAGAUUGAUCCUGGCCUAAUAUCAGAGCUGGAGAAGGAGUCCCGCUAUCAUGAUGUUGAAGAAAACUCAAGCAGUGAUAAGAUUUUAGGUUGUGAUGAGAACAGAAAUACUGUUGAUAACCCUUUGGAAUCUCAUCUUUUGGAAGAUAAAGUAGAUAUAAAGGAUUCAGUACAGGGUCGGAAUAAUUGUGGUGCUAUACUGGAGUCAAAGAAUACUAUGAAUUUGUGGGAACAUAACGUCCCUAACAGCGAUGAGUCUACAAAGGAAAAGAGAUGGAAAAGCUCUAUAAAUAAGCCAAAGCCAUCUGAUAGGAACAAGGUGCUAAAUGAUGCCGGAGAGUCUACUAAAUAUAAAUCUGAUUGUGUAGAAUCUAGGAACCGAGGCGCUUUACCUUCUAAAUCACUGAAUGAAAAAGGCUUGGGAGAUGCUUUGAAAAAUCCCGGUGGAGUGACUUUUUGGAAUUCCAAACCUAACAACUUGAGUAAUCAAAAUAAACACAGUGAAAGAAUUGAUUCUGGAAUGCACUCGCGUGCUUGUUGUAAAAGAGAAGAAUACCAAGACAAUACAAGGAGUCGUAGAAGCCAGAAACGUGAAGGCGCUGACCCUGAAUCAUUGGAAUUUCGAGAGAAGGGAAGACCACAGAGACGAUAUAACCUUAGGUCAUCUAAAUACUAGGAGUAUACAAUACCAGGCACAGUGGUGAAUUUGGAUUAAGGUUAGACUGAAUCAGAAUGUACUUGCCCUUGCUCGCGAUACAAGUAUGUGGGUAUCUUAUCUAUAUCUUGACUGCAUAGUAAAAAUACAUUAGUUGUUUGGCACUUUGGCUUCUCUUUUGUUAAUAUUUGGUCCUCUUGUUGUCAGAAUUUCGGGGCGGGGCUAAUAUUGCUGUCAUCGAACACAUAAUUUUUUUGAUUUUCAAUUUCCUAGAAGAAGGCUCACUAGACUGUAGUUCUUCUCAUAGUUCAUCCAAAUCCAGUUUAAUUGCACUAUUCUAAUGUAGCUCUUUCCAGAGUCAGCUGGUUAUAACUUGCGAACAUAGCAACAAUUAUUUCCUGUUCUGCUUUCUUUGUCACUUCGCGAAUUCUUUCUGGUCUGUAUAUG